CUGUCGGUUUAUAGGCUUUAUGCAACAUACUUUUGUCUAUAUAUACAAGAACCAUUUCCUAAUUUAGUUAGAGAGAACAACUUUUCCGAUGUUAGAGGCGGAGAGAAAGGAAAGAGAAUAAAAAUGGAUUAUGAGAGGAUGAAUCGAAUUCAGAGCCCAAAUCCUCCAUCAGAAACGCCGGCCUCACUGCUGUGAUCUCUGUGAUUGCUUCCCCUGUAUAAUCUUAUUCGCGACCCGUGGAGAUCAAGCCGCUGGCGGUUGUAAUCGUGGGGAAUUUUGUGGUGUCGUUGAGAAUCUCGAACUCGAAUGGUGAUUGAGGAUAACGAGAGCUGUGGGAGUAGGGUGGUUGAAUCUUCCGGGAAGAGCCGGCAGCAGCGGAAGAAGGUGGAGGUUUACAAUGAGGUUCUGCGGCGGCUGAAGGAGUCCGAACAUCCAGAGGCGCAGGAGCCGUCUUUCGAUGAUCAGCUUUGGGUCCAUUUCAAUCGUCUUCCCGCAAGGUAUGCUAUGGAUGUGAAUGUUGAAAGGGCAGAAGAUGUUCUCACCCACAAACGUUUACUGCAUCUGGCACGUGAUCCUGCUAAUAGGCCAGCUCUCGAAGUUCGAUUAGUGCAGGUUGUACCUGUUCUUGAUGGAAAUGCAGGAGAUUCUGUGCAUUCACGUCCUCCAAGAAAAGGGAGCAUCCAUCCACCACCUGCCUUUGGUUCUUCUCCUAAUCUUGAAGCUCUUGCACUUGAAGUCAACAAAUCGGAAAUUCAAGAUGGAGAUAGUGCCACUGAUGCCGGUACCAAGUCUGCUAGGCCCAUGCAUGAGAUUACCUUUUCAACUGAUGACAAGCCAAAGCUCCUCAGUCAGUUGACUUCUUUGUUAGCUGAAGUUGGGCUAAACAUCCAGGAAGCACACGCCUUUUCCACCGUAGAUGGCUAUUCUCUAGAUGUCUUUGUCGUUGAUGGAUGGCCAUUUGAGGAGGUUGAGCGACUUCGGAAUGCUCUGGAGAAAGAACUUUUCAAGAUUGAGAAAAAUUCUUGGCCAAGUCCAAAUUCUUUGCCUCUCAAUGAACCUGAGAAAAUAGAGAUUAAAUGUGAAUCAGAUCAUCUGAAAAUACCCAAUGAUGGUACUGAUGUUUGGGAAAUUGAUCCUCAAUACUUGAAAUUUGAAUCGAAAGUAGCAUCCGGAUCUUAUGGUGACCUGUACAAAGGUACUUAUCGCAGUCAGGAAGUAGCAAUUAAAAUUCUCAAGACAGAGCGCUUGAAUACAGAACUGCAGAAGGAAUUUGCUCAAGAAGUAUAUAUAAUGAGAAAAGUUCGUCACAAAAAUGUCGUGCAGUUCAUAGGGGCAUGCACCAGACCUCCUAACUUGUGCAUAGUAACAGAAUACAUGUCUGGAGGGAGUGUUUACGACUACCUACACAAGCAGAGGGGUACCUUUAAGCUUCCAGCCUUACUUAAAGUGGCAAUUGAUGUAUCAAAGGGCAUGAACUACUUGCAUCAAAACAAUAUAAUUCACAGGGAUUUGAAGGCUGCAAAUCUUUUAAUGGAUGAAAAUGAAGUAAGCAGCAAGCAGUUCAUCAGCAUUACUUGGUUUUUGUCUUCUUAAGCUGCUAUAUGCGACUUGUAUUGCUUCAUGAUCCAUCACACUGUAGUUUUUUCCUUGUAACAGAAGUUACCUUGAUUGCGAUGAAAAUGAAAAUUCAAAUGUGUUGGGUUUCCUUGAUGGGAACAAUAAGAAUGUCUUCUUAUCAUCCAAGAACCCUCACUUGCCUGUUUCGAGCUAUGCAGACAUUCUAUUUUAGCUUUACGAUGAUUUCUGUGGUUUUUAUUUCAGGUUGUUAAGGUUGCUGAUUUUGGGGUUGCCAGAGUAAAAACUCAAACAGGUGUAAUGACUGCAGAAACUGGAACGUACAGGUGGAUGGCCCCUGAGGUGAGCUCUUUCUUGACGAUUUAAUUUUUAUCUACAUUGUUGCACGAGCCAUGCUUGCACACAAAAAGGUUCAUGUACACUUCGACAGAUGUAUACGUGUCAUAUCCUGUUUUUCACACAUCAGAUCGUCUUUAAAAUCAACAAUUACUUUAUUUUCACAGCAAUCGUGUGAACUAUGUCAAAGUGAUUUUUUUAUUCUUUCCUUUUCUUUUCUGUCAAAGUAGCAUUUUUUCUUGUAGCAUUUAAGUUGAAGGGUGCUGAUUUGGUUAUGAAGUUAUCUGGUGGAUGCAUAUUACAGUAUUUUUUUAUGAUUCUCUUGUCUGUUUUUUUUUUUUUAAUCGAUAGACAACUGUCAUGUUUGCUAAUUUCUGCUUGUGAGCUGUUAACAUAUAUGCGUUCAUCAAUAUUUAACCAACUUUUCUGUAACCAACUUCAUAUUAUAUGUUAUUUUCUGACAUUUUCAUUUCAUUUUUUUUUUCACUAUUGUUGUGCUGAUUCCACUUGCAAACUGAGAAUCCAUGUGUUUGCAAACAAACACACUUUUUGUUCUUCUGUAGGUUAUUGAGCAUAAACCCUACGAUCAUAAGGCAGAUGUAUUUAGUUUUGGGGUUGUAUUGUGGGAAUUGCUGACAGGGAAGGUACUCUUUACCUUCUCCCCCUG